UUAUACAGUCACUGUUCACUGCGUUUCCACUCUGUGAAUUUCAAGUUCAUCAUGCAUACAUUACCCAGUGUUCAGGGUGAGGGGUCCUGUGAUAGUGAGUGUGGCACGUGUACGGCAUUAGAGGUUGGGAAGAGGGACAUAGCUUAAGAAUCUCCCGUUAAGAAAGCUUUUCUGCUCUUUCAGGGAUUCACCCAGUCUCUGCCAUUUCCCCUUCCUCAACCUCCUUUUGGGAUUCAGAAUGAACCUUUCCUCCCAUGGUCCAUCAAAUAUGCGAAUUCACUUGGGUUUAUCUAUCUACAGGUUUUGGUAGGAAGGCAUCAUCCCAAACUGUCAUCAGUAAGGAAAAGGAGCAUCUAAAGGAACUGGAGGAAGUCAAAUUUGAAUCCAGAAGUGUCAAUUCGAGAGGGAUGAACUUAAUGGGUUGGGGAUUUAGCUCAGCAGUAGAGCGCUUGCCUAGCAAGCGCAAGGCCCUGGGUUCGGUCCCCAGCUCCGGGAAAAAAAAAAGGAGAGGGAUGAACUUUAUCAAAUCCUGGACCUUUAUAUCUAUGAUGAUUGGGACCACAGGCUGGAUGUCGAAUUGCCAAUACUUCAAUCCGAACAUGAGAUGAGAAUGAUGGCUAUGCAAAUGAUGACCAGUUCAAUAAGUGAGGCCAUGGAGAGGUACAAGGAGCUCAUACAAGUGAACAGUUCCUACCGCAUCAGGCACUCCCAGCUUCUGCGUGAACAAACUCAAUUGAAGAACAAUAUACAGAUUUUGCUGAAUGAGAAGAGAGAACUGCUGGUGGAGCAGACUGAACUGCCAGCAUCCUCUGUGGAGGUAAAGAGGCUCUGUGAAGAGGCCGGAAUGAACAUCUGUGUCCCCAGUGCAAAGGAACAGCAGGUCUGAAAUUCUCCAGGAGAAACUCGAACAAGACACAAACCAGGGCAAGAUCUCCCUUGGAGAGAAGUGCUACAGGAGGAGAACUAAGUGUGCACAGCAAAUACACCACUAUUGCAUCUCAUCUGUAAUGUCCAUAGCAAUUGUGGACUGCAUUUUCCUCCUUUAGUUUUAUUUCUUUGGAUUGAAUAGGCCGUACUUUCACCUCCCCACCCUCCAGCAAGUGUAAACUUUUGGAGGGACUCAGAGAAGUGCUGAUGCACAUCAAUCAAGAGGUGCUGGUCAUCCAGAAAGACUGUGCACGUGUAAAUGUGUACUUGUCCUGGUGGGUCAUCCAGAAGAGUUUCAUGGAGAUCAGUUCACAACAUUGGAAAGACUUUGAGAUAAAGUCUGUAAUAUCAUUUCUACUCAGUAUUGGAUGGCUUUGUCCUUAAUACCCCCACUCCAACAAAACAGACCUACUUCCACUCCUCUUGGAAAGAUUAUUACCAUCAGUAACUGCUUGUCUACUCUGUCUCCAAGGAAAGACACAGACUAUAAAUCUAUUCUGCAGAAGGAGCAGCAAAAAAUGCUUAGCGCAGCUCCUCUAUUUAAGUGUGGCUGAGUUUUGAUUAUUUUGGUUAUUUGGUUUUCCUCCUAUUCAUUUGAAGUUUUGUUAUUUAUGUGUUGUUGUUUUGUUCAUUUGGUUUUCUAUUUUGAUAAGGAUAUAGACUGUAUAUAUUGACAACCUGCAUCUGGUUACUAUCAUGUAAAUUGGAUGUAUCCUGGUGAAAAAAAAGAGUAAUCUCAAACUCUUCACUCUUAAGAACCUUCUUUAUUGAUCAUUAGUGUCAACAUCUGAAGUCCCACAGCUAUCAGGGAGGGAUGGAUCUCUGCAUUCUCAUGGGGACUGGGCAUCAAAAUCACUUCCCAGUCAGACUGAGAUUCAAAGGCAAUUAUACAGUCACUGUUCACUGUGUUCCAAACUCUGUGAAUUUCAACUUCAUAUUGCAUAUAUUACCCACUGUGUAUGCUUACUGUCAAAUAUAUAGUUACCUCUAAAUUA